AUGUACUGGAGGGUGCUCCUCGCCGUUGUUGGUUUUCCAGUUUUCCUUCUGUCUCCGUCGUUGUGUACUGUCGUCUUCCGGGAUCCGAUUGGAUCGCUGCGUCGCGUGGUGUCUGCAUCUGCAGCCCCUACUUCCUCAGCCACCCUGACGAUGAAUAGUCGUCCGUGGGUGUUCUACUCCUGCGCAGCGGGCCCACGAACCGCUGUCGGCAGUUUCGCUGAGUUUUCGGGGUGUAGAGAGUUGCCGUUGCUCUGCUGCUUUCCGCUCGUCUCCCGGAAUCCGUCCUCGGCUGUUGUUGGUGUCGGAUGGGGGCGGUGUUAG